CCACCAGCUCAGGAGAAACUACUAGACCAGCGAGUAUAUAACCAACGACCAGGUAAUUCGCUGAUAGUUGACCGAGUAUGUUGUCUGAUUGAACCUCAGUAACUCGACUUUUCACAGGAUUGUACAAAUCCUGUCCCCACUUAUUAAUCUUUCAAUAUGGGCUUACUCAAACCAAAGAAGAAAGAUGUUGAGUCCGAAGUACUUGGCGGAUUAUCGGCUGCACUGCCGACAACAGAAGAACCAUGGUACCGGACGAAGCAUUUGAUCAGGCUCAAUGCAAUCAUAUUUAUAUUGCUGCUGUCUUCUGCUUCGGGGGGCUUUGAUAGUGCGAUGAUGAACGGCCUCCAGACACUUGAGCAAUGGCGAGAAUAUUUCGACAACCCCACGGGAUCGAUCCUCGGCGUUAUGAGUGCCAUGUACUCUGUGGGAAAUGCCUUGGGCCUUCUCCCGGCGGCCUGGAUUUCGGACAGAUAUGGCAGAAAGCUUUCACUGUACAUAGGACUGGGUAUAUUGAUUCUUGGAGCUGCAAUCCAGGGUGCAGCUCAGAAUAUGGCCAUGUUCACUAUCGCGAGGUUGAUACUUGGGACCGGCGUGGGCCUGGUCGGCACGCCGUCUCCUAUGCUGAUUACCGAGCUCGCUUACCCUACGCACCGUGCUAAAGUUACAUCGAUGUACAAUACCUUCUAUUAUCUCGGAGCUAUCUUGGCUGCAUGGUCCACAUACGGCACCUUUGUCAUCCCCAACACUUGGAGCUGGAGGAUCCCAUCAAUUGUCCAAGGAGCUUUGCCCUUGAUUCAAAUUGCAUUAAUCUUCCUGGUCCCGGAGUCACCUAGAUGGCUAGUCGCCCACGGCAAAGUCGAAGAAGCACGCCAAAUAUUCGUCAGACACCAUGCCGGUGGCGAUGAAGCAUCAGCCCUGGUUGAGUACGAAAUGUUCGAAAUCGAAGCGAACAUUCGACUCGAGGCGUCCGUCAUGUCGCAGACGUCUUACAUGGACCUCAUCAAGACGGCGCCGAACCGAAGGCGAACGCUCAUCGCCGUACUCGUCGGCUUCGGCGCCCAGUGGAACGGAGUGCAGGUCGUGUCGUACUACCUCAGCCUGGUGCUCAACACCAUCGGCAUCACCGACACGCCCUCGCAAGCCCUCAUCAACGGCCUGCUGCAAGUCUUCAACUGGGCCGCAGCCAUCUUCGCCGGCGCGCUGAUGGUCGACCGCCUCGGACGGAGAUCGCUGUUCCUGAUCUCGACGGCCGGCAUGACUGUGUCGUACGUGGUCUGGACCGCCCUCACCAGUGUAUUCACCUCGAGCCUGAACCAUCAGAUCGGGAACGCCGUCGUGGCUUUUAUUUUUAUUUAUUACCUCUUCUACGACAUGUGCUACACGCCGCUCCUGGUCGCCUACCCGGCCGAGAUCUUCCCGUAUACGCUUCGCGGCAGGGGUUUGUCGGCGACAUAUGCAGCAACGUACAGUGGGUUGAUCAUCGGACAGUUCGUCAACCCGAUUGCCAUGGAUGCGAUAGGGUGGAAAUACUACAUUGUGUUCUGCGUGCUGAAUGCCAUGUGGUUCGUCUCGGCGUGGUUUUUGUUCCCUGAGACGAAGGGACGGACACUGGAGCAGAUCGCUGAGGUGUUUGAUGGUCAGCCGCACGCGAUUGACAAUAUCAUCGAGGAGAAGAAGCGGGAGAAAGACGAGACACAUGUUGAGCAUGUGCAGGACCUUUAGAUGAAAUAGAAACUUCAGGCCAUCCACCCCUUGGACGAAG